GCGCUGAGGGCAGAGACAACCCAACCCUACGAAACAGCGCUGAGGGCAGAGACAACCCAACCCUACGAGACAGCGCUGAGGGCAGAGACAACCCAACCCUACGAGACAGUGCUGAGGGCAGAGACAACCCAACCCUUCGAGACAGCGCUGAGGGCAGAGACAACCCAACCCUUCGAGACAGCGCUGAGGGCAGAGACAACCCAACCCUUCGAGACAGCGCUGAGGGCAGAGACAACCGAACCCUACGAGACAGCGCUGAGGGCGGAGACAACCCAACAUCAGAGGCUACGUCCUGUUUACGCUUCGAUCUACUGUAAAAGUCGUUUGUUUGUUUCCACCUUUAAAGAAUGUAAGGGAGAUAAUUGGACGGAAAUGUCACCAAGUUUGCUCUGAAGCUCGGCGGAAGUCCAUAAAUAUAAGGAGCAGAAACCCUCCCAGCAGCCUGAGCUGCCAUCAUGUCGUGUCGGGACAUCCACGCCACCAACGCCUUCGCCCUCAUCGUUGCCUUUGUGUGUGUGGGUGGGCUGGUUGUGGCCACGUUCGUCCCACAGUGGCGCAUCACCAGACUCGUCACCUUCAACCGUAACGCCAAGAACAUCAGCGUGUACGACGGGCUGUGGGCCAAGUGUGUGAGACAGGACGGAUACUCAGGAUGUUACUACUACGACUCACAGUGGUACUGGAAGGUAACAGUGUGUACUCUUGUAUUUCAGUGGUACUGUAAAGUAACAGUGUGUACUCUUGUAUUUCAGUGGUACUGGAAGGUAACAGUGUGUACUCUUGUAUUUCAGUGGUACUGUAAAGUAAAACUGUGUACUCCUGUAUUUCAGUGGUCCUGUAAAGUAAAACUGUGUACUCCUGUAUUUCAGUGGUCCUGUAAAGUAAAACUGUGUACUCCUGUAUUUCAGUGGUACUGGAAGGUAACAGUGUGUACUCCUGUAUUUCAGUGGUACUGGAAGGUAACAGUGUGUACUCCUGUAUUUCAGUGGUACUGGAAGGUAACAGUGUGUACUCCUGUAUUUAAGUGGUACUGGAAGGUAACAGUGUGUACUCCUGUAUUUCAGUGGUCCUGUAAAGUAAAACUGUGUACUCCUGUAUUUCAGUCGUACUGUAAAGUAAAACUGUGUACUCCUGUAUUUCAGUCGUACUGUAAAGUAAAACUGUGUACUCCUGUAUUUCAGUGGUACUGGAAGGUAAAACUGUGUACUCCUGUAUUUCAGUGGUACUGUAAAGUAAAACUGUGUACUCCUGUAUUUCAGUGGUACUGUAAAGUAAAACUGUGUACUCCUGUAUUUCAGUGGUACUGGAAGGUGGACCAGUUGGACCUGAGGCUCCUACAGUUCUGUCUCCCAGCAGGCCUGUCCUUCAGCUCGUUAGCCUUGCUGCUGGGCGUAGCUGGAAUGUGUAAAACCUGCUGCUGCUCAGGUAAACCUGAACCGGACAUGAAGACCACCAGGUGUCUCGUUAACAGCGCCGGCUGUCACCUGGUGGCCGGGAUGUUCCUGUUCCUGGGAGGAGCGGUCUCCAUGGCUCCCUCGGUCUGGUUCCUGUUCCGCACCAAGGAGAUGAACAGCAGAUACGACAACAUCUUCUCCAAUGGUUUUGCUGUGUUUGUGUCCCUGGGCUGCAGUGGAGGCCUGCUGCUAGCUGCUCUGCUCAUGUUUCUGUGGUACUGUAUGUGUAAGAAGCUGCCUUCACCCUUCUGGUUGCCUCUGGACUCCAUGUCUCCUUCUCCAUCAGCCCAGCCCCUCACUGCUAACGGCUUCCCUCCUUCUCCGGUGUACGCUCCUCAGCUGCUGCCAGCGCAGACCUUCCCUCCUACGGUGAUUGAAACCCAACCGUUUGUUCCUGCACAAGGAUACGUGCCCACCGUGAUGGCCCCUGUUCCUGCUCAGGUGUACGUGUCUCAGCUUUCUGCUCACGAUGGGUACGGGUCAGAGGUGGGGGGCACUUGCAGCUACGCCCCCUCUCAGAGCCACGCCCCCUCUCAGAGCCACGCCCCCUCUCAGAGCUACGCCUCCAGCUACACAGGCCGCCGCUACUCGUCCCGCUCACGGAUGUCGGCCAUAGAGAUCGAUAUUCCUGUUCUCAGCCAAGCAGGGUGAGAAGGACAAGCCUGAAAGCCUCUGCUCAUCUACAGAGUACACUACAGAGUACAGUACUGAGUACAGUACAGAGUACAGUACAGAGUACAGUAAUAGACCCUGAUAGAUGAAAGUUAAUAAAAUGAGAGCUGUUAGAACCUGUAGUCUUUAAAACUGACUCUGUAAAGUGCCAAUAAGGAAAAAUGAACCACACUAAUGUAUGAAGGCUGAGCUCAUUAUCAGACAGGAUUAUUAAAACAUGCUUCAGAAUAGUGUGUAAAUAUAAGAAAUACAACUUUUUCUUCAGAAGAAAAACAAAAACAAAGUUUUUAACUCGUCUUUCUUCACUGUUUUUCCAACAAAGUUGUUCCACUAAGUGAAGUCGUCCACAGAAAAGGAGCAAAUAAAACAGAUUUCUGCUCCAGAUCUGAAAUACUUUGUAUUUCUGUUACAUUAUUUCUUGGACACGUUACUUCAAACUUGAAUGACAGUACUGAAAAAUACUAGUUGUUAAAAUCUUUAAUGAUCUCUGCUAAGUGUUUGAUGCAUUUGUAACAUUUGUUUGUUAAAAACUCGACAGUAAAGAGCAGCUGUUAUACUUUUUAAUGCACUAAUAAGAUGAACUCUGUCAGUUUCAUCAGCUUUUACUCACUAACCUUUAUAAUGUUUUUAUUUGUGGCCUAUUAUGUCAAAAGCACAUACAAAAUAAAUUAUUAGWUACAAUAAAUGCAGUUAUGAUUUCUGUCAAAUCACAAAUAGAAAUAUGAGGAAUGAAAAGAUUUAAUAUCUACAUUCAGACAAAUGAAAGUUUGCCUUUUUUUCUGUCUGCGCACUGACUCAGUGUUUUAUCAUGUUUAUACUGUAUUACUGUGGGAGCUUCAGACCAUGCAGUUAAAAAACAUGCAUUUAUUGUUGUGUUUUUGUUUUAAUAAAACCCAAAUGACUGGAAAAA